UGAAGCGGGCAUCUCUCUCUCUCUCCCUCUCUCUCUCUCUCUCUCUCUCUCUGUCUCUCUCUCCCCCUCUCUCCCCCUCUCUCUCGUGUGUGAGAGUGUGUAUUUCUUUCCUCUCCUCGUUCGUUUUGCCUUAUUUCUGCCGCCGACAAGCAUGCAGGUGUCUGUGGCGCUCCUCGUCUCCAGCUCGGCGCUCCUGCUGCUCCAGGGAUGCUGCACCGGCGUGAAAGGAUGGAAGGGACUAAAAAACGAUGCCACGGAGAUUUUACCGGAGUACAGAGAAAAUACUGGGACACCUCAGGAGGCAGUAAUACAGGCGACCAACGGCAGCCAUGGCAACAACAACAACAGCAACAACAACAACAACAACAACAACAACACCAUGAAUAACAGGGCGAAAAACGGCGGAAGAGCAGCGAACACAGCCUCCUACAGUGCCUCAGAGCUGAGCUGCAGGGAGCUGCGUUCCACCCGUUACAUCACGGACGGAUCUUGCCGCAGUACCAAACCCGUCAAGGAGCUGCUGUGCUCAGGCCAGUGCAUGCCCGCGCACCUCAUGCCCAAUUCCAUCGCCCGCGGCAAGUGGUGGAGGAGUAACGCUUCGGACUACCGCUGCAUCCCCGCCCACUCCCGGACAAGGAGGGUCCAGCUGCAGUGUCCCAACGGCAACACUCGGACUUACAAAAUCCGCGUGGUCACCUCCUGCAAAUGCAAACGCUUCAGGCCCCACCACAACCAAUCAGAGGCCAAGGAGGUCCCGAAGCGGCAACGCAACAAUAAGCACAGUCGUUUGUCUCAAGACCGGAGCAAGAACAACACGCCGCUGACUGGCAACUCGUACUGAUGCUCCUCUUCGGCAUCCAGGGACAGACACCAAAGCACACUCAUACACGGGCACACGUUACACAACACACCAACCAACUUAUCUCCUUCCAGUUGGGAGGAGAUACAAAAAGAAAUUUCAAAGAGAGCGAAUUAUAAGCUAAUUGCUGGGCUGGUUUUUAAGUCAUCAGUCUUUGUUUUUCAGCCACGUGUCAGCAUAUUUGUGAACUUUGCUUAUUUGCAUAAGAGAGCGAGUCAGUGCUAGGGCUUGCCAAACCUGUGACUGGUCAGGAACGUGGGUAUGCCUGCACUCGCACAGAUUUCAUUUAAGCAUAAUGAGAAGUCCUCCCCGAGGCUUCAGGCCCAUCUGUACAAACAUCCGGCGGAAGCAGAGCUGCAAUGCACCACAGCCCUGUUUGAAGCUGAAAAGGUGUACCUUCGCUCCAAGGUGGUUGUAAUCUGUCUCCUUUUGGCUUUGUGUGGAGGAGAUGGUGGCAGCUCUGGGGGCUCUGGGAUGUCGACAGGAUUUCGAGAGGCCCCGGCCUGUUCGGCGGUCUCACUCGCCACGACAGCCCGUCAGCGGGCCUGUCUAUUACAGUACCGCCUUUCCCACGAGCAGAUAGAGAGAGUCAGAAGAGGCAGAGAAAAGAAAAUGAGGGGAGAAAGCAGUUUUGUCAGGACUGACACCACAGGGGCACUGGGCUGUCCGGUGACUCCUCUUAAUUACUAAAUGAGCCCAUUCCUGUGUUAUUUGAGUCAUAAAAAGCCAUUUCCUCUAGACGUAGCCAGUUCCUGUUUGCUGGAAUCACACACAGGAAAGUGCACAUGUGUGUACGAGGCAUCAGAAAGUUGUGCGUGGUUGUGUUGUUACCUUGGGGCAGAGCAUUCUCCAGCACGCCCACACCGGAAAGCUUUUGUAAGCAGCGUUCAAACAUCCACAGCCAAAAUCUGCCUGUUGUGCUAGCCUGCAGGAUUCAAGACACCCCCACUCCCAUUCACUCUCUGCUCCCAUUCUGUAAAUAGCUCGAACAGGAAAGAUGGGAAUAAAAACAACAUGAUGCAAACAAUAAUUCAGUUUUUAUCAUUAUAUUGACUGAGAGGAUCCGGCAGGAAGAGGAAGUGGCGAUACCCAGACUCCACCAAGAAUAUUCUCAAUGUUUCCACAUAUUGUCAGCACCCCGUUGUUUUUCUGCUCACAUCGCUUCCUGGUUUUGGUUGUCUAAACUCUACUGACAAUGCUCGCUUCUUUUUCUCAACUGUAUGUUUGAAAUAGCAACUGGAGGGGGGGUUUGUCCUGUAAACUGAGAGCUGUGACUGUUCAUAUCAUACCUGUGUGGUCUUCUGCAGUGGUGCCCCCACCUGACCGGGGGGUAAAGUGAAGCAGGGGGGGAGGGCUGUUUCCUACAGACACAAAGAAGGACAUAAAGAAUGAACUGCAUAUUUAUUUUUUAUUUCCCCAUUUAAAUUAUUUAUGCGACCUUUUGUAGUAAAUGAUAUCCAUUAUUGUCAUAUAGUACGAUAGAGACUUUGGAAAUGAAAUAUUGUACAGUACAUGAAUAAAGUAAAGGCAGAUAUAUUUCAAAGAGCUGGCUUAUUUCUUAUUAUUCUCAUUUGAAUGUGUUGCUGGUGACACUUUAACCCCCCAAGUAGAAUUUAUAAGCAAUAUAAAAACUGGCUUGUUACACACUAUAUUAUAGUUGUAAGCAGAUAUAAGAGUUUGUUCAUGCAUAACCAGCUCUAAUGGACCUCCUGAGUGGAGUA